GGCAGCGGCGGCCGCGGUGAGGUCUGUGCGCUCGGCAGCAGCGGUGGGGCCAGCGGUGAGACGCGCCGGGCGCCAUGGCGGCCGCUGAGCGCCGCGCCUUCGCUCACAAGAUCAACAGGACGGUGGCUGCUGAGGUACGGAAGCAGGUAUCCCGGGAACGCAGUGGCUCGCCUCAUUCCAGCAGACGCAGCAGCAGCUCGCUGGGGGUCCCACUAACUGAAGUCAUUGAGCCCCUGGACUUUGAAGAUGUGCUCCUGAGCCGACCACCAGAUGCCGAGCCCGGGCCCCUCCGCGACCUGGUCGAGUUUCCAGCUGAUGACCUGGAGCUGCGACUGCAGCCCCGAGAAUGCCGAACCACAGAGCCAGGAAUCCCCGAGGAUGGAAAGCUGGAUGCGCAGGUGAGGGCAGCAGUGGAGGUGUACACAGAGGACUGGGUCAUUGUCCACAGGAGGUACCAGCAUCUGAGCGCAGCAUAUAGCCCCAUCACCACAGAGACACAGCGCGAGCGGCAGAAGGGCCUCACCCGCCAGGUCUUUGAGCAGGAUGCUUCUGGGGAUGAGAGGUCCGGCCCUGAGGACUUGGACGAGCCCCGGCACUGCUCCGGCUCCCCCGACGACACGCCACGGAGCAGUGGUGCCUCUGGCAUCUUUGACCUGAGGAACUUGGCAGCCGACUCGUUGCUGCCCUCGCUCCUGGAGCGUGUGGUCCCCGAGGACGUGGACCGGCGCAAUGAGGCCCUGCGCCGGCAGCACCGGCCCCGAGCCCUGCUCGCCCUCUACCCGGCACCUGACGAGGAUGAGGCUGUGGAACGCUGUAGUCGCCCAGAGCCACCCCGGGAGCACUUUGGACAGAGGAUCCUAGUCAAGUGUCUGUCGCUUAAGUUCGAGAUUGAAAUUGAGCCCAUCUUUGGCAUCUUGGCCCUGUAUGAUGUGCGGGAGAAAAAGAAGAUAUCAGAGAACUUCUACUUUGACCUGAACUCAGACUCUACAAAGGGAUUGCUGCGGUCCCAUGGCACCCACCCUGCCAUCUCUACCCUGGCCCGCUCUGCCAUCUUCUCUGUGACCUACCCUUCACCUGAUAUUUUCCUGGUCAUCAAGCUGGAGAAGGUGCUACAGCAGGGGGACAUCAGCGAGUGUUGCGAGCCCUACAUGGUGAUGAAGGAGGUGGACACAGUCAAGAACAAGGAGAAGCUGGAGAAGCUGCGCUUAGCAGCCGAGCAGUUCUGCACUCGGCUGGGCCGCUACCGCAUGCCCUUUGCCUGGACGGCGGUGCACCUAGCCAACAUCGUUAGCAGCGCUGGGCAGCCAGACAGGGACUCAGACUCUGAGGGAGAGCGCCGCCCUGCCUGGACUGACCGCCGCCGUCGGGGGCCCCAGGACCGGACAAGUAGUGGGGACGAUGCCUGCAGCUUCUCCAGCUUCCGCCCUGCCACACUGACUGUCACCAACUUCUUUAAACAGGAGGCUGAGCGGCUCAGUGAUGAGGACCUCUUCAAAUUCCUGGCCGACAUGCGGCGUCCAUCAUCCCUGCUGCGGCGCCUGCGGCCUGUGACUGCCCAGCUUAAGAUUGACAUCUCCCCUGCACCUGAGAACCCCCACUUCUGCCUCUCCCCGGAGCUGCUUCAUGUCAAGCCCUACCCAGACCCCAGGGGCCGACCCACCAAAGAGAUCCUGGAGUUCCCUGCCCGGGACGUCUACGCCCCUCAUACCAGCUACAGGAACCUGCUGUACGUGUACCCACACAGUCUUAACUUCAGCAGCCGCCAAGGCUCCGUACGCAACCUCACUGUGCGAGUGCAGUACAUGGCAGGCGAGGACCCUAGCCAGGCGCUGCCGGUCAUCUUUGGCAAGUCCAGUUGCAGUGAAUUUACGCGGGAGGCCUUCACACCAGUGGUCUACCAUAACAAGUCCCCUGAGUUCUAUGAGGAGUUCAAACUGCGGCUCCCGGCCUGUGUGACUGAGAACCACCACCUGCUCUUCACCUUCUACCAUGUCAGCUGCCAGACCCGGCCAGGAACAGCCCUGGAGACGCCUGUGGGCUUUACUUGGAUACCGCUGCUGCAACAUGGCCGCCUGCGGACUGGCCCCUUUUGCCUGCCUGUGUCGGUGGACCAGCCCCCGCCUAGCUACUCGGUGCUGACGCCAGAUGUGGCGCUGCCGGGUAUGCGCUGGGUGGAUGGUCACAAGGGCGUGUUCAGUGUGGAGCUUACAGCUGUGUCCUCUGUGCACCCCCAGGACCCCCACCUGGACAAAUUCUUCACCCUGGUGCAUGUCCUGGAGGAGGGGACCUUCCCAUUCCGGCUCAAGGACACCGUGCUGAGCGAGGGCACCAUGGAGCAGGAGCUGCGGGCCAGCCUGGCAGCACUGCGCCUCGCCAGCCCUGAGCCCCUGGUAGCUUUCUCCCACCAUGUGCUGGACAAGCUCAUUCGUCUGGUUGUGCGGCCCCCAAUCAUCUGUGGCCAGAUCGUUAACCUGGGUCGUGGGGUCUUUGAAGCAAUGGCUCAUGUAGUCACCCUUGUCCACCGGAACCUGGAGGCUGCCCAGGAUACAUGUGGUCACUGCCCACUACUGGCUGCCUAUGUCCACUAUGCCUUCCGACUACCUGGCACUGAGCCCAGCCUCCCUAGCGGGGCCUUGCCCGUGACAGUGCAGGCUGCCACGCUGGCCCACGGACCUGGCCGCCCUGCCAGCCUCUACUUGGCCCGCUCCAAGAGCAUCAGCAGCAGCAACCCUGACCUCGCUUUGGCUCCUGGCUCUGUGGAUGAUGAGGUGUCCCGCAUCCUGGCUAGCAAGGGUGUGGACCGCUCACAUUCCUGGGUGAAUUCUGCUUAUGCUCCAGGAGGCAGCAAGGCUGUGCUGCGACGGGCACCCCCUUAUUGCGGGGCUGAUCCCAGACAGGCCAUCGACUGCAACCCUAACCGAACCUCCUCCUACCUUGAGGGCGCCUCCUCAGCCCCAUCAUCCACCCAGCCAAGACCCACUAUGCACAAGCUGCUUCACGAGGAGCUGGCGUUGCAGUGGGUGGUGAGCAGCAGUGCCGUGCGUGAGGCUGUCCUGCAGCAUGCCUGGUUCUUCUUCCAGCUCAUGGUGAAAAGCAUGGCACUGCACCUGCUCCUGAGCCGGAAACUAGAUACACCCCGCAAGCUUCGCUUUCCUGGGCGUUUCCUGGAUGACAUCACUGCCCUGGUGGGCUCUGUAGGCCUGGAGGUCAUUACCCGCGUCUACAAGGAUGCAGAGCUCGCUGAGCGCCUCAAUGCCAGCCUGGCCUUCUUCCUCAGUGAUCUGCUGUCCCUGGCAGACCGCGGCUUCGUCUUCAGCCUGAUCCGGGCCCACUAUAAGCAGGUAGCCACGCGGCUGCAGUCAGCCCCCAAUCCAGCAGCUCUGCAGACCCUGCGCAUGGACUUCACCCGUAUCCUGUGCAGCCACGAGCACUACGUGACCCUCAACCUCCCCUGCUGCCCUCUGUCACCCCCGGCCUCUCCCUCACCUUCCAUAUCCUCCACCACCUCCCAGAGCUCCACCUUCUCCAGCCAGGCUCCAGACCCCAAGGUGGCAAGCAUGUUUGAGCUGAGCGGGCUGUUCCGGCAGCAGCACUUCCUGGCUGGGCUUCUGCUGACAGAGCUGGCUCUGGCUCUGGAACCUGAAACUGAGGGGGCAUCCCUGCUGCACAAGAAAGCCAUCAGUGCCGUCCACAGCCUGCUCUGUGGCCAUGACGCCGACCCCCGCUAUGCUGAGGCCACUGUGAGGGCCCGGGUCGCCGAACUGUAUCUGCCCCUGCUGGCACUCGCACGGGAUACACUGCCAAGGCUGCACGACUUUGCUGAGGGCCCAGGUCAACGGUCAAGAUUGGCCUCGAUGCUAGAUUCAGACACAGACGGUGAAGAAGACAUUGGAAGCACCAUCAACCCUUCUGUGGCCAUGGCCAUUGCUGGUGGCCCCCUGGCACCUGGUUCCCGGACCAGCAUCUCCCAAGGCCAAGCGACAGCUUCUCGUUCGGGCUGUCCCCUCUCUGCUGAGUCGAGCCGGACCUUGCUUGUGUGUGUGCUGUGGGUGCUGAAAAAUGCAGAGCCAGCCCUUCUGCAGCGCUGGGCUGCUGACCUGGCCCUCCCUCAGCUGGGCCGUCUCUUGGAUUUGCUGUACCUUUGCCUGGCUGCCUUCGAAUACAAGGGGAAAAAGGCCUUUGAGCGCAUCAACAGCCUCACCUUCAAAAAGUCGCUGGACAUGAAGGCUCGCCUGGAGGAAGCCAUCCUGGGCACCAUAGGAGCACGACAAGAGAUGGUGCGCCGGAGCCGAGAGAGGAGCCCAUUUGGGAACCAGGAGAACGUUCGCUGGCGGAAGAGCAUCACACAUUGGAGACAAACCUCAGACCGUGUUGACAAAACCAAGGAUGAAAUGGAACAUGAGGCCUUGGUGGAUGGGAACUUGGCAACGGAGGUGAGCCUGGUGGUUCUGGACACACUGGAGAUCAUUGUGCAGACAGUGGUGCUGUCAGAGGCCCGGGAGAGUAUCCUGGGUGCAGUCCUGAAGGUCGUGUUGUAUAGUCUGGGCAGUGCCCAGAGUGCUCUCUUCUUGCAGCAUGGUCUGGCCACACAACGGGCUCUGGUGUCCAAGUUCCCAGAGCUGCUGUUCGAGGAGGACACGGAGCUAUGUGCUGACCUCUGCUUGAGGCUCCUACGACACUGCGGCAGCCGCAUCAGCACCAUCCGCACGCAUGCCAGCGCCUCACUCUACCUCCUCAUGCGCCAGAAUUUCGAGAUUGGCAAUAACUUUGCCCGUGUGAAGAUGCAAGUGACCAUGUCGCUUUCGUCCCUGGUGGGAACGACGCAAAACUUCAGUGAAGAGCACCUGCGACGAUCACUAAAGACCAUCCUCACCUAUGCUGAGGAGGAUGUGGGGCUGCGGGAUAGCACUUUCGCUGAACAGGUGCAGGACCUAAUGUUCAACUUACAUAUGAUCCUGACGGAUACAGUGAAGAUGAAGGAGCACCAGGAGGACCCUGAAAUGCUCAUAGACCUCAUGUACAGGAUUGCCCGGGGCUACCAGGGCUCCCCAGAUCUUCGGCUGACGUGGCUGCAGAACAUGGCAGGGAAGCAUGCUGAGCUGGGCAACCAUGCGGAGGCUGCCCAGUGCAUGGUGCAUGCCGCCGCCCUGGUGGCCGAAUACCUGGCUCUGCUUGAGGACAGCCGGUAUCUGCCUGUGGGUUGCGUUUCCUUCCAGAACAUCUCAUCCAACGUGCUAGAGGAGUCCGCCAUCUCCGAUGACAUCCUGUCGCCUGACGAGGAGGGCUUCUGUUCCGGGAAGCACUUCACAGAGCUGGGGCUGGUGGGACUCCUGGAGCAGGCAGCUGCCUACUUCACCAUGGGCGGGCUCUAUGAAGCAGUGAAUGAGGUCUAUAAGACUCUCAUCCCCAUUCUGGAAGCCCACCGUGACUAUAAGAAGCUGGCUGCCGUGCAUGGCAAACUACAGGAGGCUUUCACCAAGAUCAUGCACCAGAGCUCAGGCUGGGAGCGUGUUUUUGGGACCUAUUUCCGAGUGGGCUUCUAUGGUGCCCACUUUGGAGACCUGGAUGAGCAGGAGUUCGUGUACAAGGAGCCAUCUAUCACAAAGCUGGCUGAGAUUUCACACCGGCUAGAGGAGUUCUACACAGAGAGGUUUGGGGAGAAUGUGGUUGAGAUUGUCAAAGACUCAAACCCUGUGGACAAGAGCAAACUUGACCCACAGAAGGCCUACAUCCAGAUCACGUAUGUGGAACCGCACUUUGACACCUAUGAGCUCAAAGACCGGGUGACCUACUUUGACCGCAACUAUGGGCUUCGUACGUUCCUGUUCUGCACGCCCUUCACACCUGAUGGGCGUGCACACGGGGAGCUUCCAGAACAGCACAAACGCAAAACGCUGCUCAGCACGGACCACGCCUUCCCCUACAUCAAGACACGCAUCCGCGUGUGCCACCGGGAGGAGAUGGUGCUAACACCAGUGGAGGUGGCUAUUGAGGACAUGCAGAAGAAGACUCGGGAGCUGGCCUUCGCCACUGAGCAGGACCCGCCUGAUGCCAAGAUGCUACAGAUGGUGCUGCAGGGCUCUGUGGGGCCCACCGUGAACCAGGGUCCCCUGGAGGUAGCCCAGGUGUUUUUGGCCGAGAUUCCAGAAGACCCCAAGCUCUUCAGGCAUCACAAUAAGCUGCGGCUCUGUUUUAAGGAUUUCUGCAAGAAGUGUGAGGAUGCACUGCGGAAGAACAAGGCUUUGAUUGGGCCAGACCAGAAGGAGUACCAUCGUGAGCUGGAACGCAACUACUCCCGCCUCCGGGAGGCGCUGCAGCCCCUGCUCUGUCAGCGCUUGCCCCAGCUGCUGGUACCUGCUGUGGCUGGCCUCAGGAACUCCUUGAACAGAGCAAGUUUCCGGAAGGCAGACCUCUGAACCCAUAGGGCCUGAAGCCACACACAGAGGAGCCAGCACAGUGGCCUCAGCUGUGUCUUCCUGGAGUCUCCCCACUAUCUAUUUGGACAUGGAGUGGCCACGUUGCAUGUGGGGCUGGGCCCAUGUGCCUUGUCUGUCCCUAUCUAUAUGCACUGAUGCUUCUUACCUUUUUUUAAUUUAAAAUGGUUUUUUUAAGCA